GACUCCCAGUUCAGGGAGGGGUCUUGCCUGUGCCCUGGCUAGGGAGGGGGUAGGAGCUGUAGCCCCUACUCCUUUGAUCUGGCUGACAGAAAGGCCAGGACAGUCAGAUCUCGUGGAGCCUAGGUGACUGACUGGGCUGAAGAGAUAGUGGUCACCUGGAUUCACUCAGUGGUUGGGCUGAACCAGCCAUGUCCCCAGGUUACCCAGAGACCCCUGAGCAGCUGUUCCCCCUUCCCUGUCCCUGGCCACUCACAGACUGCCCUCCACCCCCUCUGAAGGAGGGCCAGAGAGACUCUGCUCUUCCUCCCUUCCCCUCCCUCCCUCCUCUCGGCACUGAGGUCACCUCCCUCUGAAUCAGGCUUUUGUGAGGGGCGGGGCUGCCCGUUGGCAGUUCUGGCGGGAGAAGCCACCAGUUCAAGUUAGAGCUCCCACCCUCUGCAGCUCCAUCUCUACCCAGCCUGGCCGGCAUCCUGCCUUCUAGACCCAGCAUCCAACAUCCGGGACCACUGGAGGAAUGUUUGAAACCAGGGCCAUCCUGAAAACCCCAGGCCAGGGGUUUUCCCGGGCCCCAGGUGGGCCUGAGCACAGAAGCUGCAAGGUGACCAUUCUGGCUACUAGAGUGAGUGUGCCAGCCUGGGUGAGGAGGCAGAGACAGCCUGCCGGGGCUUCUCUCACUUGUUCCCACGGCCUGAUGUCGGAGGCCAUGGACCAGCCAGCCGGGAGUCCAGGAAACCCAAGGUCAGAAGAGGGUGGUGAUGGCAGCAUGGAGCCAGGCACCUGCCAGGAGCUCCUGCACCGACUGCGGGAGCUGGAGGCAGAGAACUCAGCACUUGCCCAGGCCAACGAAAACCAGCGGGAGACCUAUGAGCGCUGUCUGGAUGAGGUUGCCAACCACGUGGUGCAGGCACUGCUGAACCAAAAGGACCUGCGGGAGGAGUGCAUCAAGCUGAAGAAGAGGGUGUUUGACCUGGAACGGCAGAACCAGAUGCUCAGCGCCCUGUUUCAGCAGAAGCUUCAGCUCACGACGGGCUCCCUCCCUCAGAUCCCACUCACCCCACUCCAGCCACCAUCAGAGCCACCAGCCUCUCCCUCCCUGAGCUCCGCCGAGGGACCGGCCGCCUCACUGCCUCUGGGGCACUGUGCUGGGCAGAGAGAGGUAUGUUGGGAGCAGCAGCUGCGGCCAGGGGGCCCGGGACCCCCAGCUGCCCCACCCCCAGCGCUGGAUGCCCUCUCCCCAUUCCUUCGAAAGAAAGCCCAGAUCCUGGAGGUGCUGAGAGCCCUGGAAGAGACUGACCCCUUGCUUCUGUGUUCACCUGCCACCCCCUGGCAGCCUCCAGGCGAGGGUCCUGGCUCCCCGGAGCCCAUCAAUGGCGAGCUGUGUGGCCCUCCCCAGCCUGAACCCUCACCUUGGGCCCCCUACCUGCUACUAGGUCCUGGUAGCCUGGGAGGCCUGCUGCACUGGGAGCGCCUCUUGGGGUAUCUGGGGGAAGAAGAGGGUGCUGGGCGGCCCUGGGGCCCUAGCAGGGGCUCUCCCCAGGCCCAGGGCACCAGCUCUGGCCCGCCCUGUGCGCCGGGAAGCAGUUCCUCCUCUUCUUCUGAUGAGGCAGGUGACCCCAAUGAGGCACCCAGCCCCGACACCCUGCUUGGGGCCCUGGCCCGCAAACAGUUGAACCUGGGCCAGCUCCUUGAGGACACUGAGUCUUACCUACAGGCCUUCUUGGCCGGGGCUGCAGGCCCACUCAACAGGGACCACCCAGGUCCCGGGCAGCCAUCCUCCCCAGACCAGGGGCCCCCACAGCUGUCUAAGUCCAAAGGCCUCCCCAAGUCAGCUUGGGGUGGGGGUACCCCAGAUGUCCACAGGCCGGGCUUUGGUGCUACCUCAGAGGGCCAGGGGCCCCUCCCCUUCCUCAGCAUGUUCAUGGGUGCGGGGGAUGCCCCCCUGGGUUCACAGCCUGGCCACCCCCACUCCUCAUCUCAGGUGAAAAGCAAGCUCCAGAUGGGCCCCCCUUCUCCUGGGGAAGCCCAGGGAGCCCUUCUGCCCUCUCCAGCCAGAGGUCUCAAAUUUCUAAAGCUGCCUCCAGCCUCGGAGAAGGUCCCCAGCCCAGGAGGCCCCCAGCUCAGCCCCCAGCUCCCCCGGAACUCCCGAAUCCCCUGCCGGAACAGUGGCUCAGAUGGCAGCCCCUCCCCACUGCUGGCCCGCAGGGGUCUGGGUGGAGGAGAACUGUCCCCGGAGGGGGCGCAGGGCCUGCCCACCAGCCCUUCACCCUGUUCCACAACCCCGGACUCUGCGCAGCUCAGACCUCCCCAGUCAGCCUUGUCUGCCACACUAUCCCCAGGACCAGUGGUGUCUCCCUGCUAUGAGAACAUCCUGGACCUUUCCCGGAGCACCUUUAGGGGGCCUUCCCCAGAGCCACCUCCAUCCCCACUGCAGGUACCCACCUACCCCCAGCUAACUCUGGAGGUGCCACGGGCCCCUGAGGUCCUCAGGAGCCCUGGAGUGCCCCCCAGCCCCUGCCUCCCAGAAUCUUGCCCCUAUGGGAGCACCCAGGAGAAGAGUUUGGAUAAGGCAGGCUCAGAAUCUCCCCAUCCUGGCCGCAGGACCCCAGGCAGCUCAUCUAAGAAGCCCAGCCAGGGGGCAGGGCGGCGACCUGGGGAUGCUGGCCACACACCUCUUCGGGACAGACUGGCAGCCCUGGGGAAACUGAAGACUGGCCCCGAGGGGCCCCAGAUCCCAGAGAAGAAUGGGGUGCCAGCCAGGCCUGGCACCGAGAAGGCCCGGGGAGCAGGGAGGUCAGGGGAGAGCACUGGAGACAUGGUGCCCUCUGCCCCUAGGCCCCCUGAGCAGCCAGAAGGCAAGGGGGCCCUGCGGGGGGCAGUGGCCUUAGGCACAAGCAGCCUGAAGCAGCAGGAACCAGGGCUUCUGGGGGAUUCUGGGGCCCGAGUCUACUCCUCCCAUUCCAUGGGGGCCCGGGUCGACCUGGAGCCUGUCUCACCAAGGAGCUGCCUCACCAAAGUGGAGCUGGCCAAGAGCCGGCUGGCAGGGGCCCUGUGCCCCCAGGUACCCCGCACCCCUGCCAAAGUGCCCACCUCAGCCCCCAGCCUCGGCAAGCCCAAUAAGAGCCCCCAUGGCAGCCCUACAAAGCUACCUUCCAAGUCACCCACCAAGGUGACACCCCGACCUGUGGCCCCACCUGGCACCAAGGAGCCCCCCAAGCCUGACAAGGGGAAGGGCCCACCUUGGGCAGACUGUGGUGGUACCACAGGCCAGUCCACGCCCCCAGUGCCUGGCACUGCUGACCCAAGCCAAGGCCCUGAGGGGCGGGCCCCACACUCGGCCAUCGAGGAGAAGGUGAUGAAGGGCAUUGAGGAGAAUGUGCUGCGGCUCCAGGGCCAGGAGCGGGCACCAGGCGCCGAGGCCAAGCACCGCAACACCAGCAGCAUCGCCAGCUGGUUCGGCCUUAAGAAGAGCAAGCUGCCAGCGCUGAACCGGCGCACGGAGGCCACCAAGGGCAAGGAAGGAGCCAGUGGGGGCUCCCCACUCCGGAAGGAGGUCAAGAUGGAAGCCCGGAAGCUGGAGGCUGAGAGCCUGAACAUCUCCAAGCUAAUGGCUAAGGCGGAAGACUUGCGCCGGGCACUAGAGGAAGAGAAGGCCUACCUGAGCGGCAGGGCCCGGCCACGGCCCGGGGGACCAGCACCAGGGUCCAGUGCAGCGCUGGGACAGGUGCAGGGCCAGCUAGCUGGCAUGUACCAGGGUGCAGACACCUUCAUGCAACAGCUGCUCAACAGGGUGGAUGGCAAGGAGUUACCACCUAAGAGCUGGCGGGAGCCCAAACCCGAGUAUGGCGAUUUCCAGCCAGUGUCCUCUGACCCCAAGAACCCCUGGCCAGCCUGCGGGCCCCGAAAUGGCCUGGUGGGCCCUCUUCAGGGCUGUGGAAAACCUCCUGGGAAGCCGAGCAACGAGCCAGGGAGGCGGGAAGAGAUGCCCUCGGAGGACAGCCUGGCUGAGCCAGUGCCCACCUCACACUUCACAGCCUGUGGCUCCUUGACUCGAACCCUGGACAGUGGCAUUGGGACCUUCCCGCCCCCAGACCAUGGCAGCAGUGGGAUCCCCAGCAAGAAUCUUCCCAAGACCAAGCCACCACGGCUGGAGCCCCCACCUGGGGUGCCCCCAGCUCGACCCCCACCCCUUACCAAAGUCCCCCGCCGUGCCCACACGCUGGAGCGUGAGGUGCCGGGCAUAGAGGAGCUGCUGGUGAGCGGGCGGCACCCCAGCAUGCCAGCCUUCCCUGCACUGCUCACUGCUGCUCCGGGCCACCGGGGCCAUCAGACCUGUCCUGACGAUCCCUGUGAAGACCCAGGCCCUCCCCCUCCUGUCCAGCUGGCCAAGAACUGGACCUUCCCCAACGCGAGGGCAGCCGGCAGCUCCACUGACCCUUUCCUGUGCCCACCCCGACAGUUGGAGGGGCUUCCCAGGACCCCUAUGGGUUGCUGUCCGCUCCCAGAACCUUGGUGGGACUGUGCUCAGUCGUGCCUCCAGCCUGCCUCCUCUGAAGUGCAUCCUGCCUCGGUGGCCCAUCUGCAGUGCCCCCCAAGGUGGGCAGAGCCCAGUGCCUCAGGCUGGGCCAGGAGGCGAGAGGAGCUUCCUCUCCAGCGGCCCCUCCUUUCCCAGGCCCUGCCCGUGGACCGCAAGCGGAGCCUGGAGCCCAGCCGCCCGGCCCCUACGCCCCAGGGCCCAGCAUUUGGGGGUAGCCGCACCCCCAGCACAUCGGACAUGGGCGAGGAAGGGAGAGUGGCCAGUGGGGGCCCCCCAGGACUUGAGACCUCGGAGUCUCUCAGCGACUCACUCUACGACUCACUCUCCUCCUGUGGGAGUCAGGGCUGAAGGGCUGCGCCACACCGUGGCCCCUCUCUGGAGUUGGAGACCACAGACUGGACCAGUUCUCCUCAUGCUGGGGCCAGCAAGGCCCUUUCCUGAAGGGACCAAGCAGGCAGAUGGACAGGAAUGUGAAGGGGGUCCCUGGCACACCCCACUGCUGCUGUUGAGGAGAUGACUGCUCUCAGCUCAGGGAGAGACCCCACCCUUGGUCCCUUCUCUCACCUGGAGUAAGGCUAUUCCUCUGAGGGACUGGGGGUUCAAGGCCGCUGUGUACCAGCCCCCAGCUCCCACUUCAGGCUGAGCCAUCUCGUGGUGCUGGGCUUCCUGCCCGCCAGCCGUGCCAUCUCUGCCCAACCUGGCUGCCUCCUGCCCCAGUGCCCCCGUGGGGCCAGCCCAGAGGCCCUGUGCUGGUGGAGUUUGGGGGCAAGGGGUCCAGUUGCCUUCUCUCUCUGUCUGCCCUGGUCCUCCCUGCUGUCUGGAUGGUGCUGCCCUUCCCUGCCCCGUGUCUUUGGGGUCCAUUUGUCUGUCUUUUUGUUGUUGUUUUUAUAUUAAAGCAUCUGGCCCAGUUCCCAUCCCCCAUCCCGCACUGCGGUUAAUUUAUCUGUUGUUAAAAAUGCGGCUGCUCUGCUUCCAGCCUCUGCUUCUGCCGUAUCCCUAAUAAAACAUGGAGGCCCCUCCCUGCCCCUGACUCAGCUUGUUCUGUGGGAGGACUCAGGAACGGAUAGUUGGGUGGAGAUUGCAUGGGCACCAGGGGGAGGGACCCCGGGGACCUAGACUAUGCCCCAGUGCCCUUGUGAGGCAGCCCCUCCCCGACUAGGGGAGCUGCAGAAGGUAACAAGGUGUUGGGGAAGUGGGGCCUGCUAAGGCCUGGAAUGGUACCUGGGGCUGGGAGAUUCCCCUUGGGUGGGGCAGAAGCCUGGGCUGCCCUGUGGGCAUGUACUUCAAACUCCCGUACGUACCAGGUACAGGGGACAUGCAAACUGAGCUUCAGGGUUAGAGGGGAGACAGUUAGGUGUCUGUAGCCUCCUGUUUGCAAUGAAGUUAAGCACAACUGGGUCUCAAACUGUUGCCACCUUCUUAUCUCUCCUCAGACUUUGGGCUUUCCCCAGAUCUUGCCUGUGUUUAUACCUCGGAUUUCAACCACAAGUUCCCCUAGCUCUGAAAUUCUUAUGUUAAGAAGGCGAGGCAGGAAUAAUGCUGUGCAGAAGGGUCUAGGCUUCCAGGAGUUAUUUUGGACUCCACAUGGCACAAGAAAGCCAUGGGGUGGUUGUGAUGCCCCCAGCCCUUGAGUUUCCUGUGGGUUGUGGAGCUGAGCAACGACCUGAAGUGAACCAGGUGGCAGCCAGCCCAUCUCACAUUGGCCAGCCACAUUGGGUCUAGGAAGGCAUCCUUUCUGCCCAGGUUGCAAGAUGUGGGGUGACUUGUCCAGAGCACCCACCUGAUGUAACUUACACUUGCCACCUCCUCAUGACGCAGUCUGGAGGCUCCUUGGACAGCGUGCAUGCUCGGCACGCUGCAUGCAUAGUCCCAGCCUAUGGAGAGGUCAUCGUGGGGGUGGAAGUCCUGUAGUGGCUACACACAUGGUUUGUAUUGGUACCACAGGCUUGCCAAGCUGAGGUCAGGGAGUAGUGCUGGGCCCAUUCACAACUCAGUUAUACUGCUGGAUGCCACCCUGUGCUCUGACAAGCCCAAGGAAGGUUGUGGGUGGGGAAGGUGCCAGUGUCUCCCUUUAUAUUAGCUUCUUCCAGGAGUGUCUCUCCAGCCCCUGAAUGCUCCAGAGAGCUGUGAAGGAACUCCCCCCCCAUUAAAAUAAACACCAUCAUGCUGCCAGACUCCUGAUCCCUAACCCCCACGAUAGCCCUGCUGGAGAAAGCACUGUCCUCAUUUCACAGAUGAAGACAUGGAGGCUCAGAAACAUUUGAUCGUUUUCCAAGGCUGAGAAGUGAUGGAGCCUGGCCCAAGGGGGUCCUUUUUGGAUGUGUAGCUUUGCUUUCUUCUGCCAGUUCUUUCGUCUCUUCCUCCCCCUUUGGCCUGUGGAUCACUUCUGAUGGGCACGGCUUGAGAGCACGAGGCUGGAAGUCAAGAGUCUUAGCCACUGAGUCUGCUUUUGUGGGGAAAGUUGCAUCCCUUCUCUAGCCUUGGUUUUCCUCACCUAUGGAAGAUUAGGAGGUUGGGCCAGACCAGCUUUCUCCUUAGCUCUGCACUUCUUACCCAUCCCCCAGUCUGGCCUCUUUCUCUCCUGCUUCCCUCGGUUGAUAUCAUCAUUGAAGAAACUAACAAGACUUAAAGAAGGGUCAAAUCAGAUGUCUUCGUUUUUAAUGUCAGGAUCUCAUUUUCUUGCUUCCAUCUUCUACUUCCAGGUUCCUCUCCCACUGACCCUUCUGCUUUUAUGGGCUUAAGGAUGAUAUUACUAAGCUGCAAAUCUCUGCCUCAUGCCAGGCAGGCUCAGAAAAGUCUGCAUCUUUCUCCUGACUUUUUAUUUCUUGGUUUUUCAAGCCCUUUUCUCUGUUUGAACCUGAUGUAUUACCUCAUUUCCUUGUUAUAACAGAAUAGUUUGCGUGCAGGAUAUUUAUUCUGUUUCCUCUCCGGGAAGGAGCUUGGCAUGGUAGGUUUGACUCUGGACUCCACCUCCUACAAGCUGAGACCAAAGAAUCCAUCCAUUUUACUGUUACCAGGAUCUGAUCAGUCUGCUGCCAGGUUCUGUUCUGCAGUGUUUGCAAAUGCAAGGUGUCACCUUGGCCCCUGGGGCAGUGUGGGCUGACUGGGGAAAUGUCUCUGUGUUAGUCACCAGAGCAAGGUAGCAUCAGCCACACCUGGUGCCUGGAGCCAGCCCUUCCCUACUGACUGUUCCAAGGUGGGCCGCAGUCCUUCCUCAAUGCUGCAGCGUGCUACUAAGGGGUGCUGGGCCCAGAUAAGCCCAUAUAACUGUGUUUGCCCCCCACACGGAUUGAAUAUUCCAUCUGAAGUAAUUCUGUGGAUGGGGACACACAGGUGAGUUAAAGACACUCCUGGGAAACCUAUUUCUCCUUGCACUUCAAGGAAGGGUUUGGCCCAAAGACCACCCGAUCCUCACUAUGGCAGAAUACUUCGUAUCUCAGUUUGCAACAUCUGCUUGCAGGAGUAAGGUAACCUCACUGUUUUCUUCAUGAACAAUGUGUGAAUUCUUGCCUUACCAUUGUGUAUGACCCCUUUUGCUGAAUUUCCCAAAGAAAGGAAACCAAAACUGCCAGACCUCUUUUAUUCCCUCCAGCUGGCAUCGAGACAUCAGCAAAAGACUAUGAAAAGUUUUCAGGUCCCACCUCACUUGGGCACCCUGCCUUUUGCAGGAAAUGUACCAAAAUGUUAACAGGUUUUCUCUGGAUUGCCGGUGAUUUUAAUUUUCUUCUUUACCCUUUUCUAGAUUUUCUACAAAUAGCAUAUUUUCUUUUCCUUAUCAAAAAAAAGUUUUAAAAAAGAAAUAAUCAUACUCUGCAGCAGACUCUAGAUAUAUACCUCCAUUCUGUAAUCGUGUAUCAGUUAUUUCAAGGAUCUAAAUGAAUAUUUUUAAAAGAUAGCCGAAUUUGGGAAAUAACGUUUUUAAAACCUUUUUUGCAGUUAUUAAAGACAUACAAAAUUACAAAA